AUGGUGUUAGAGGAUUCCACGCACGCGGAGACUCCGAUUGACCUUGUGAUUCCGGUGGAAGGCGCCUGGUUGGAACAUGAGGGUGAGGGAGACGGCGCUUGGUACAUCCACGAAGGAUCGCAGUGGAUGUACAACUCACGUGAAGAUAUAUAUUUCCAUGUCGAUUCGGAGACUGUAGUUUCAUCUGGGGGAAAGCCUCCCAUGAAUCUUGUUUCUGCCACCUCAGCUGAAGAAAGGACGGAUGCAGAGAGAUAUGAAGAUUCCUCAGUUGACAAGGCAGGCGCGCUUAGCGCUAACGCCGACCCCGAUGUCACUGAAGACGUUGAAGAUAGGGACAUAUCAAUAGAUUUCGAGAACGAUCUUAUUGCUGCAACUGUAUGUCGUGAGGGUCGAUCCGAUCGCAAAGAAGGGCGUGAGGAUUACUAUGUGACGAGAGAAUGUAUGGCAAUACAUUUGGUAAGCCGUUCAGAGGCUUUGUGUUACUACAGCGGCGUCUUUGAUGGCCACUGUGGAUACAAGUGUGCGGAAUAUCUAACCAAGCACCUGAAAAACAAUAUUUUGAGUGUAUAUCGCCAGGCAGUGCGUUCGCUUAAAUCAAAAGUUUUACAAAAACAUCCCCGUCCGAUUGAAUCUCUGGAGGUGCGUGCGCUGUUGCAGGGUUGCACUAAGGGUUUCGAGAUGACCGACAACAACUUCUGCAAUGUCGCCAAGCAGUACAACAUAUCAGAUGGCUCCACCGCCACCAUAUCAUUGAUAUAUGGGCCUGACGUAGAUGGAUGUCUGAAGUUGAUCACCGCGCAUACGGGUGACUCGAGGGCAAUAUUGUGCAGCAUGGCCGAUGAUUCCCGAUGUUUCGCUCAGGCCAUGACCAACGACCACAAGCCUAACGACGACAAAGAACGAAAGUAUAUCGAAAAAAACGGAGGCACAGUGGAGUUUGCUCAAGGCACGUGGAGAUGUGUUGUCAGGUCGCGUGAUGGAAGGCCAUCUUGCGCCCUUGCUACCUCCCGGGCGAUUGGAGAUUACCCGUUGAAGUAUCCGAAUCGUAUCGUCUCAUCCGAACCAGAUGUUUCUGUUUACACUAUAAACUUCGACAGCGACCUAUUUUUGGUACUAGUGACGGACGGCAUUACAGCUGUUCUGACGAAUCAGGAAAUCAUUGAUAUCGUAUGCGAGGCUAUAGAUGACGAAUGCACUGCCGAGGCAGCAGCAGAAAGAGUCGUUCUAACCGCUGAAAAUUGUGGUUCUUUCGACGACAAGACGUGUACAGUUAUAUACUUCGGUUGGCACAAGGACCUGUUUGACAAAUGCGUACGUGACAGGAAGGAAGACUCUCACCGUGAGGUAUUAACGACGGGCGAAUCGGAGCAGGAGUGCGGAGGAACAGAAAAUGUCGACAUGUUCCGCUCGUGA